AUGAAAGGCUUCUCCUUACAACCUCUCCUACCGUCUUUGAAGGCAAAAAUUACGGCUCUUUGCCAACAAGAUGAUCGCCUCUACGUUGGUCUCGCGACGGGGAGCCUCCAAACCUAUUCGUAUGACCCUCAAUCGGAUGGAGGUCUGCCGAGCGUCAAGCUGCUCAGCAGCGCCGUCCUUGGCAGGAAGGCCAUAGAUCAAGUAGGGGUAUCGAACGCGUCGAAGCAAUUGCUCGUGCUUUCCGAUGGAGCGGUCACGGCGUAUCCGCUGGAAAAUCUGGCAUCCGCCAAGGGUAAAGUGAUUACUCAGGCUCGGAAUGCCCACACACUCGUCAUCGCGACAUACGACCCAUCCACAACAAAGGGGAAACGAAGCCAAGAUGGAGCUGCUUCCGCAUCUAAAGGAAACACUCCAGGAGGCGAUGGCCUUGUCGAUAUGGUGAUCAUUGGGUGUCGGAAAAAGGUAGUCGUUUUCAGCGGAAUUAAGCCGGGCUUCAGGGAUGCUUGGGAGAUUGCCCUUCCCCAUUCUCCUCGGCAGAUUGUCGUGCCUUCGACGUCCACUCGCUCCCCGAGCUUUCCGGAAACGGUCCACCUGCUUUACUCGCCCACAUCCUCCGCGAUACUCAGCAUCAGCCCGACAGCACCGUUUCUGAGCGUAUCAGACACGCCAAACGCGCCUCCCCCGCCGUCCAUAUCGGCCGUCGCUGGAUCUGGCGAUGGCACAGGUGGAGCUGGGGUACACGAGAGCGGAAGCGGCUUGACAGGGAUGGGCGUUGGUGCCCUGACCGGGCUGGGCGGAUAUGUGGGAUUGGGAAGCAAAGCGGCUGCGCCGGUCGGCUGUAGUAUUAUAGAUGGGGAGGUCCUCCUUGGUAGAGAUGAUAUGGGAGCUUUCCUAUCCUCCGACGCCAGCUACACCCGCUCGCACUCGCUGCAAUGGCCUACCUCUCCAGACGCGAUCUCUUUUUCGAAUCCCUACAUCUACUCCAUACUUCCUCCUGCCGCCGGCUCAUCUUCAUCUGCUCCGGCGACACUGCCAUGCCUGUCAAUCCACCUCGGUCCCUCCCUUCUCUCGCGCGGGUCGCUCCAGGUCCCAUCACCCUCGGCUGGCUCACUAAGCUAUUCCAACCUCAUCACAACUUCACAGUCACCCUCUCGGACUCCGGCCGAAGCUGUACAGCCAGCUGCGAAACUCCUUUUCAGCUCGACACCGACGGACAAGGCACUACUGGCCGCCGAGGGUUCUUCGAUAUGGGCCUUGUCAACGAGUAAUCUGGAAGAUCACGUUGAUGAUCUGGUCAGAGAAGGGAGAGUAGCGGAUGCGAUUGGUCUGGUGGAGUCUGUAGGAGAAGCUGGGUUCUCACCUACGCGUCGCCUGCCUCAUCUGAAGACUUUACAAGCAGUCACCAACUUUGCCAAAGGUCAAUAUCAGAACGCGAUCGAAACUUUCCUCAUCUUCAAUAUCAACCCCGCUCUCGUCAUAUCCCUGUAUCCCGCAGCCACUAUCUCCGGCCAACUUCAUGUGCCGAAGGACCGGUGGCUUGAAGCGUUUGGAGCGGUACCGGGCGCCCGCUUAUCGCCAGAAGUCGCCAAGAGCGGUUCGGCGGAAGAGGGAUUGGCAAAGGGGUUGCUGAAGAGCGUGACGGCUGCGGCGGGCCUGUCGAAGCGAACGAGUAUGGAUAGUAUUCGGACUACAGCCACGAGCUCGGCAGCAGACAAGAAGGCGGACGAGGGGACUGACUCUGCAGUGCCCCGAGCAGCCCUCGAAGCUCUCAUGUAUUAUCUCUCUGACCGGCGGCAAAAGGUCACCGGAGCGAUCAAUUCUCUUCCCGAGCCUGGUCUACCUGCCGAAUCCUCGCUAUCGCCGCUAUCCGCACUACCAGCGGAACAAUUACACCAACUUCCAAACCUGCCUUAUACCGAGCUCGAGCCAGAGACCCUCCUCCGCGUCGCCCAAGUCAUCUAUACAGGUCUGUUGAAGGUAUACCUCGUGGCUCGUCCUAUUUUAGUGGGCAGUCUGUGCCGCAUUGAGAAUUGGUGUGAUGUAGAGGAAGUGGAAGAGCUUCUCAAGGCGCAAAAGAAAUUCAGCGACCUGAUUGAUCUUUACCAGGGUAAAAAGAUGCACGGUAAGGCCUUGAAGAUGUUGCACGAACUCGCGCUAGAAGAAGACGACCGGCUGGAUCGAUAUCCUUUGACAGUGCGCUACUUGCAGAAGCUAGGACCAUCCGAGCUGGAUCUCAUUCUUGAGACUUCCAAAUGGAUAUUCAAGGAGGACCCGGUCAUGGCGCUGCAGAUCUUUACAGCGGACGAGCCCGAGGUCGACGCACUUCCCCGCAAAGACGUCGUGCAGUUCCUCGAGAGCACACACGAGCCAUCCUGCGUUUCGUAUCUCCAGCACAUCAUCGGCGCCCUCAAGGAGACCGGAUCAGACUUUCACGACAAGUUAGCGGAGCUGCUGCUGGCCGAAGCUAAGGGGUCUGGAUCGGAAGACGGGUCUCCUACAUAUCAACGGCUCCUCUCCUUUCUCUCCUCAUCCGAACACUAUCGCUCCAACCGGCUCCUCACCCGUAUCCCUACCGAGUCCAUGCCGGAAGCUCGCGCAAUCCUUCUCGGUCGAAUGGGGAAACACGAGGAUGCUCUCCGGCUUUACAUUUACCGCCUCACCGACCACGCCGCGGCCGAGCGAUACUGCGCCAAAGUCUUCGCUACGGAACCCAAUCCCAAAGGCAUCUUUCUCCUCCUCUUGCGCUUGUACCUCCGCCCAUCGCCUUCGGACCCGGUCCUGCUCACUCCCGCACUGGGGCUCAUUACGAGUCAAGGCACCAGACUGGACGCGAAGGAGGUUUUGGAGAUGUUGCCGCCAUUGGUGACGAUGGAGGAUGUCCGUGCGUUUCUUGUCAAGACCCUGAGGGAGGGCAGGAAGAGGAGGAACGAGGCUAGGAUCGUGAGGGGGCUGGUAGGGGCGCGGAAGGAGGAAGUGGAGAGGGCGUUGAUGGAUCUUCAGGGGAACAGAGUCAGGAUAACCGAUCAGAGAAUAUGUCCCCAAUGCCAUAAACGGCUGGGGCAGUCUGCGAUUGCCGUCCAUGCGCCAAGAGGUGAAGUGACACAUCUACAUUGUAAAGACCCGUUCAGCGGGCAGCUAGCCAAAGCGAGAGGAUAA